AUGGGUCAGCUGAAGCACGCAAUUGGCUGGGAUGGGAAGCCUAUAGCAUUCUGGCUCAACGAACUUGGCCUUGCUCAGGUAAUGUAUAGACAAGACCCAUUUGGUCAAGUUGAUCUUGAGGGAUCUCGUGCUGAGAAGUUCCACUCUUGCAAUGAUAGAAACGCCUUAAAUCCAUGUUCAUCCGAUUUGAGUCAUGCUUUGAAAGCGUGCUCAUCUUCUGUAGGUAACCAUUUGCGUUCAGUAGAUUGAAGAUGAAAGUUAUGUGUUCUUUCUGGUUUUCUGUGUUUGAUGGUUUUUUUUUUAAUGUUCAAAUGAUGCUUUUGGAUUGUUGGCUUUGUUGCUUUCUAAUUUUCUAUGAUUAUCAAAUGGUAAUUUUUUUUUUCUUUAAUUGUUGGAUAUUGCUUUCAAACUUUAGUGUUAUGAAUAUUUUUUUUAUGAAAA